GGUGUGGAGGUCUGAGGCAUGGCCUGGUUCUGGGCCCCCUGGGUGAACAACACCCAGUAGCCCUGAGAUGAUGAGUGGCCCUCCGCCCUGGCACUCCUCUAAGUGAUGAAGACCCCUGCCAUCCUCCUCCUCAUCCUGUCUGUCCUGUGCAGAACUGUGCUUGUGUCAACGAAGUCGGUGAAGCACACAGUGGAGGAAUGGAACAAAUACAGGAGCGAGUGCCUGCUGAGAAUGAGCACGGACCCCACACCCCCAGGCUUAUUCUGCAGCCGCAUGUUUGACAUGUACGCCUGCUGGCCGGAGGGCAUCCUCAACACCACCGUUAAAGUGCCCUGCCCGUGGUACCUCCCCUGGUACAACCAAGUUCGUAAUGGAUAUGUGUUGCGGGAGUGUGGGCCUGAUGGCCAGUGGGCCAUUAACAACACCAGUAGCACCUGGAGGGACCACUCCCAGUGCAACGCAGACAAUAACCAGCAGGUGGCACAGGAGAACCAGAUGGUGAUCUUGGCCUACUUCCGGGUGAUGUACACUGUGGGCUACUCGCUGUCCCUGGCCAGCCUUUCCCUGGCCCUCGUCAUACUGCUCAUCUUCAGGAAACUAAGGUGCACCAGGAACUAUAUCCACACCAAUCUGUUUGCGUCCUUCAUCCUGCGAGCCAUAUCCAUCCUCACCAGAGAUGCUGUUCUCACCAGGGACACCCCCGAGUUCAGAGACAACAGAGACGUGUCCAAUGUCCUCAGUGAUCAGGCUCUCUCUGGCUGCCGUGUAGCCCAGGUGCUGAUGCAGUACUGUGUGGGGGCUAACUACUACUGGCUGCUGGUGGAAGGACUGUACCUUCACAACCUGCUGGUGCUCAUGGUCUUCUCCGAGAACAGCUACUUCUGUGGAUACCUCUUCAUCGGCUGGGGAACCCCAGUGUUAUUUGUGGUCCCCUGGAUUAUAGUUCGGUACCUGUAUGAAAACACACGGUGCUGGGAGAUCAACGAGAACAUGGCACACUGGUGGAUCAUCCGCACACCCAUCCUCCUGGCCAUUCUGGUCAACUUUUUCAUAUUUAUUCGGAUCAUACAGAUCCUUGUCUCCAAAUUAAAGGCACGCCAAAUGAGGUACACAGAUUAUAAAUUCAGGUUGGCAAAGUCCACUCUUACCCUCAUCCCUCUCCUGGGCAUCCAUGAGGUUGUCUUUGCCGUGAUGUCAGAGGAACAGACAGAGGGCAUGCUCCGAAAUAUCAACCUCUUCUUUGAACUUUUCUUCAAUUCUUUCCAGGGUCUCCUGGUUGCCAUCCUGUACUGCUUCGUCAAUAAAGAGGUGCAGUCAGAGAUAAAGAAGAAGUGGCAACGAUGGAAGCUGGGCAUGAACGUCCUGGACGACCUUCGCAACACCGGCAGCAACACGCUACAGGGGGGCACCAGCGGCGGGCAGUGCCACCACGACCCGCCCUGCCAGCCAGACUGUCCACAGGAGGAUACCCACAACCUCUCCUCAGACGCCGCCGCCUCAGGGCCGCAUGCCCACCCGCGCCCACACCACCACCCAGGGGCCAAGAAGGGCAAGGCCUACUGCUACAUUUCCGCCCGCAAGCAGGUGCUGAACGGCCUUGAUGGAACUCCGCUGGGCAACGGGGGAGGAGAAGGAGUCAUCAAAUACUCUGAGAGCUACUGCUGAGUGGCCUUGUUGGGGUCUAAUGAGGGCUAACGAGUAGCUGGCUACCUUUAUAAUUUCUAGUGGAAGAAAUCCGAACCAGACAAUCACCUGCUCCCAGAUCUAUGUGGCCUACUUGGUGUUUCGUGGAACCCAUGUCUUAAUAAUUGUGUGAACAUGAUCCGGGACUCUUUGGAUGAUUGCCAGAAUGCCUUUUCUGCCCUGGCCAAUCAGGCUAUGUGUUGUGACUCCCAUAGGCUUCCAGUGGGAGAUAAGAUGACCCAUCCCAAGUGCAAUAUCGCCGCAAUCGACCCAGAUGUUGAGGAAAGCUACUACUUAAAUUAGGAAAUGAACACCGUCCAACCUUUAUCUGCUCAGAUUUGACUGUUUUGGGGGGUUUGCCUCUUUGUUCUCUACCUCUCUCUCUACUUGUGGACAAAAUGGAAAGGUUACGUACCAACCGUGGACCAUCUUUUCAUGUGCAAUGGAUAUUAUAACAAUAGUUUGUUUUAUAUGUUGGUAUUGGAAAAAGUCUCUGUGAGGGACUUAGAGAAGGCAAGAGGUGAGCAAACCAAUAUUGUCUUCCCCAGUGAGUUAGCCACACACACACACACACACACACACACACACACACACACACACACACACACACACACACACACACAC